AUGAAACCAAUUCAUGAUGAUGAGAUGGGAGAGGUUAAGCUCUAUGACCCCGUUCCCAUGGGCGACGACGAUGAUGAAGAAGGUCCGAUAAUGGAAACCCCCAUGCAUUACCGGACACGAAAGCAAAGUCUCAGCGUGGUCUUACAAGAAUUCGUUCAAGCGCCAAAGUCACUCCUCGUUUCCGGAGUCCUCGCCACACUGUGUAUUCUCAUCCUCACCAUCUCGAGCUUCACAAUUCAUACACCAGGCUCAUUUGUGAGAAUCCGGACUCUGUCACAACAGAACUCUCUUCAACCGGAUUUUGUUGAUGCGGGUGAAGGGCCUUCGCCUGAAUUAGGAGGAACGAAAAGAUGUGGGAGUUUUCCAAGCCAAGCCGAGCAAUACGGUUGCGUUUUUGAUCUCAUGAACUACGGGUUCACGGCUCCAGAGUGCUUCUACCAAGACUUAUACGAAGAAGCACUGGCCACCGGACCAUGGCCAUGGUAUAUCGGGGAAAAUCUUACACUUGCAUUGCCGCAGGAUGUUGAGAUUCUCAAGCGAUCUGUCGAGACGUGGACUCAGAUAAACUAUCAUUAUCAGCACUGCGUGUACACGAUGAAAAUAAUAGCGCGAGCGGUGGAGGAUGAUGAUGUUCUUGUUCCACAGGAAAUAGCGAGGGAUUAUCACAGGAAUCAUUGUGAGAAUCUGGUAGGCAGGUAUGAGGCUGGAGAAUGGGGAAAUGGCGAAGUAAUGAACACCUGGAUCAGGAUGUUGUACAAUCCGUGUGUAAGGCUGAGUGAGAUCAACAAUGAAGAUGUAGGGUAUGCUUGA